AAUGAAAUGAAGCAGCAGAUAACCAGAUUCUCUCCACCACCCACUCUGCUCAGUGCCCACUUCUGUCUUCUGCUGUUGUUUAUUCACUGUCUGGGUUCUCAGCUUCAUUGAUUUAACUCCCACAAAUUAUCAUCUAUCAUCAAUCACCUUUACCCAUCAUCAUCAUUCCGCCAUCCUCCAGUUUUCUCUUUCCUCUGUUUCUGACUUGCAGCUUUUUAACUUUGGUGAUUUGCAUGGGUGUUGGCAGUAAACCUCGGCUUCAACUGCAAUUCUCCCAGUCUUUCUCUUACAGUUACAGUUACAGCCAUUCCCAUUCUUACUUCUGUUACUUCCUUGCCACUGAAUUGCCAUUAAAACCUCAUUUAUAGCGUCUUCAUCUGCUCAUUUGCACACUCUUGCCUGAACCCGGAAUUCAAUUAAUCACUUCCUUCACUCGGGUCACAGGUGCAACUUUUCUUAAAAGUAUUAUUUUGUAUCACAAUAAUUACAAUGGGGAUUAAAGAACCAGUUAACUUUUCUGGGAUCUUCUGUACCAAGAUCCUGACUCUGCUUCUCUUGCUCUUCUCCUGCAAAGACAGAGGUACAGGUGUAUCAGCGACUACAUUUACAUUCCUGAACAAGUGUGACCACACUGUAUGGCCCGGAAUUUUAGGCAGUCCUGAUCUAGGCAGCACGGGAUUCGAGCUCUCCACGGGCUCCUCACGCUCCUUCCAAGCUCCAACGGGCUGGUCGGGAAGAUUCUGGGGCAGAGCUGGAUGCGAAUUCGACGGCUCCGGACAAGGUUCCUGCAAAACCGGCGACUGCGGAUCCGGAAAAAUCGAAUGCAACGGUGCUGGGGCGGCGCCGCCGGCGACCCUAGCGGAAUUCACACUCGGGUCCGGGUCUCAGGACUUUUACGACGUCAGCCUGGUCGACGGGUACAAUCUACCCAUGCUCGUCGAAGUUCGCGGCGGGUCGGGUCUCUGCGCCACCACGGGCUGCACCCAAGACUUGAACCAGAAGUGCCCGGUGGAGCUGAGGAUAGACGGCGGCGGCGCCUGCAAAAGCGCCUGCGAGGCCUUCGGAACCGCGCAGUACUGCUGCAAGGACGCGUACGCUUCGCCCGCCACGUGUACGCCGUCGGUGUACUCGCAGAUUUUCAAGACGGCGUGCCCGAAAUCGUACAGCUAUGCUUACGAUGACGCCACCAGCACAUUCACUUGUACCGGCGCGGAUUACACCAUCACAUUUUGUCCUUCCUCUUCGUCAAGGUAUAAAAUACAAACUUCUGGAAUUAUCCCAAAAAUGAAUUCUUUAUCAACAUUUGUUUUUAACAUUUUAUUUUAUUUGUGUUUCUGCAGCCAAAAGGCUUCAAAAUCAGAGGGAAGUGCGACAGAUGGAACCGGAGCAGGAGCAGGAGCCGGAGCCGGGGCAGGGGCAGUGGCGGCAGGAUAUGGGUCGGAUUCGGGCGGGUCACAAGAUGCUAUGUUGGCAGAUGGGUCAUGGUUAGCUAGUUUGGCCACUGGUGAUGCGGUAAGAGAAGGGUAUUCUUAUGGGGCUGGCCUAAUGGGAGGAGCUUUAGUCAUGUUGAGCUUAUUACACUUCAACUUGAUUAUGGGAUUAUAGUACUGUUUGUUGAAGAUGGGCUACUGUCGGAAAAUUAUACACAAUUGUAGAACAAAUGUAAAACCAGUCAAAUGAUGUUUACAGUUGAAUCGAAAAGAGCCGAAGGCUCAAGCAAAUGGUGGCUAGUAUUGUAGUAAGAGGAGAUGAAAUUCAAAGCAAACAUGAUUGCACAAAUGUGAUCAAAAGGCAUAUAUUUAUUCUUCUGCUUUACUUUUACGUUUCUUGGAGUCAAAACUAUCAUCAUCACGAUUGAGAUGUUCAUUUUGUGCCGCAGAACUUAAAAAUAUUAACAGAUUCUGUGGAAAAGGGGGAAAAGAAAAAAGAGAAAAAGCAACGUCCUGUGGUGCAUUUUUUUUAAAAAAUUUUUCUAGCUUCUCAGCAUCCAACAAAGAAAUUUUUAUUAUACUGUAAUUAACAAGAAUUUAGAAUGAGACGAAAAUAGUUCUUUUUUUUUUUUUAAUAAGUAUAUAUAGACGAAUAAGCUCUCCACUAUAGGUCGGAAAGAUGGCGUA